GCGGGGAGCAGGACUUCCUCAUCGCUGUGCUGGGCGUCUACCGGUCUGUCCAUCUGUCCAGGCAGCCCCAGAGCCUCCCCAACUCCAGCCAUGGCCUCCCCUGUGGGGCCCCUCCAGGCCUUCCUGCAGUGCCGGGUGUGCCCUAAUCCUGGGCUGCUCGAAAAGGAGUUCCAGGAGAUCAAGGAGCGGGCCUGGGCCUUCCGGCAGCAAGCAGGAUACAGCACAGAUGCCGGCGCUGCACGGGACAACAUCAAAAAGAACCGCUACAAGGACAUUCUGCCCUAUGACCAGACACGGGUGGUGCUGACGCUGGUGACAGAGGAGGGGCAGGGCGACUACAUCAACGCCAACUUCAUCAAGGGGGCUGGGACCCAGAGGUGCUACAUUGCUACACAGGGGCCACUACCUCACACCCUGCUGGACUUCUGGAGGAUGGUGUGGCAGUACCGGGUGAAGGUGAUCAUCAUGGCCUGCCGGGAGGUGGAGAUGGGCCGGAAAAAGUGUGAGCGCUACUGGCCUCUGGAGAAUGAGCCACUGCAGCUGGGGCCCUUCUGCAUCACCCAGACCCAGGAGCAGCAGUUGAAUCCAGACAUCAUGACUCGGUUCCUCUGCAUCACCUUCCAGAAGGAGUCGCGGAGGGUGACGCAUGCGCAGUACCUGGCAUGGCCUGACCGCGGCAUCCCCGACAGCUGCGGGCCGCUACUGGCGCUGGUGGAGCGCAUGCGCAGUGAGCAGGGCGCGGACCCCUCCCCGCUCUGCGUCCACUGCAGCGCGGGCUGCGGCCGGACCGGGGUGAUCUGCGCGGCGGAACUGGUUCGAGACCUGCUGGUGCAACGGAGAAUCCCCCCGAAUUUCAGCCUCUUCGACCUUGUCCUGGAGAUACGGAAGCAGCGCCCGGCGGCCGUGCAGACCCUGGAGCAGUACGAAUUCCUGCACCGCACCGUGGCCGAGAUGUUCCAGGGAGCGCUGGCUGAUGACCCGACUGGCUAUGAGAACCUCAAGGAGAAUCAGCUGCCACUGUACGACGACGCUGUGGCCAUUCGGCACCCCCCAGCUCCACCCCGCAUCCACGUGCUCCGGAGCAUCUCGGUGCCAGCUGAACCAUCUCCCCCUGAGCAGCCACCCAAGAUGAAUGACACCUAUGCUGUGGUCAAUAAGGUGCGGGGGCGUGGGGCAGCCCCUGCCCGCCCGCCCCCAGCCCUAGAGUCCAGUGCCUUCCAGGCCAGCUGCUCCUUGCCGGGCAGCCCGGUGCGACGGUCCAGCCCCGCCCCUGAGUAUGCCCAGCUCAGCCCCCUUCCUGCCGCAGGGCUUCAACUCAUCUCCUGCAUGGAGGGGCUCAGGCCCAACCCAGCCUGCCUCCACUGAGGACUACGAGGAUCUGAGCAACGAGGGCCCCCAGAGGGGCUCGAGCCCUGCCCCUCCCCCCGCCCUCGGUAGGAACACAGCUGGGGGGUGAGGACAGGGACCCAGGCAUCAAGGCCAGGAUAGAACAGAUGAUUUGGGGGGGCGGGGGUGCUGGGGACCCUGGCACUCAGGCCUCUGGGAACAAGCUAGGGAUCCAGGGGGCUGCAAGGCAGAAAUUAUGGGGGGGACCAGGGAACCAGGCCUCCAGGAUGGGGGAGGGGGAAGUCAGGCACACAGGUGACCAAGGGGUGAGCUGGGGACCCAGGUAUCCUGAGAAGAGGUCGGGACCCAGGUGGCGGGGGGGGGAAAGGUACAGAAAUCGGGGCCCCAGGUGCCCAGGACAGAGAGAGUGGAGGGCAAAGAUCAGGGCCCCAGGUGUCCCAGAUGUAAAGGGGGGGGGGUAGAAGAGGGAGAAUUCUGGGACCCAGCCAUGGUGGGGGGGGGGGCAGGGAGAAAUCAGGAACCCAGGCAUCCAAGACAGCCUGAAGAGCAGGGACCCAGGUUUCUUUAAGGGGGACCUUUCCCCCCUUACCCCAACUUUCUCCCCCAC